AUGAAGGUUGAAGGCUUCAUAUUUAUUUUGAUUUUCCUAUUCAGCGUACAUAUUGUACCAGUAAAGUCACUCGAUGAAGUGUUUUCACUUGAGAUUAAUGAUGUAAACAAGACCUGCUCCAAUGUCAACCAGAUACCAAGAACUGAUCAAUGUCAAUACGUUCUGCAAUAUUGUACAUCGCCAGAGGAUGUUUUGGGUAAAAUUAACUAUAUGUCUAUAUAUUAUUGUGGGUUUUGGCCAUUUUCGGUUUUUGAAUUGGCGCUUUUCUUGGGAUUUUUCUUCUUAUCAUUGGGCCUUACUGCUUCGGAUUACCUUUGUCCAAAUCUUUAUACCAUAUCAAAGUUUUUACAGUUAUCAGAUAAUUUGGCCGGUUUAACGCUCCUAGCAUUUGGAAACGGUGCUCCUGAUGUGUUGAGUACAUAUAGGGCCAUGAGUUUUAAUGCCAGUAACUUAGCCAUCUCAGAGCUUCUAGGUGCUUCUUUAUUCAUCACAACUAUAAUAAUUGGAUCAAUUGCAAUACUUCAUCCUAUUAAAGUUCCAAUGAAACCAUUUAUGCGUGAUUCUGGAUUUUUUUUGUCUGUGACUUUGAUACUUUGUAUAUCGUUAGUUGCUCAAUCUUUAGGUGUUUUUACUUAUAUUCUUUUAACAGUUUCCUAUGCUACGUAUGUGGUGGUUGUCAUUUUUUCACAUUCGUUUUUAAGAAUAAGAGCAAGAAAAGUGUUACGAGACCAAAGGUUGAGAACAAACUACGACCUAGUUGAGAAUAAUAAUCAAGAUGAGGAUAUUGAUGAGGUGUAUAUGGACAACUUCGCUAGUUUACCAACCAUAGACCAAAUUAGAUUCAAUAUAAACGGUGAUAAUAUCCAUACAAAUCAAAUACUAGACCCUGAAGAUGAGAUACCAGCAGAGGAACUGUAUGAUCUUUUGAGAGCUCAAACGUCGCGGUUCCCCAGCAAUGCUUAUGGCCUCAAAGAGUUAUUUAAAGAGCUUAAAAAGCACUCCAAUACCCAUGGUGCGAUUCGUUUGGAGAACCAGCGCCCUUUGACUGCUCCUGUGGUAUCUCAGAGUAUUCAAUUAUACCAAGAUCCAUCCACAAAAUCACAAACCUUCCCAUCAAAUUCAGGUCCUUAUAGAGAUGAACUGGAAGAAGAAAAUGAAGAGCUUUCCUAUGAAGAAAGCAGUAGUCACGCAAAUAACAUUGUAAACGACAGCGAAGAAGAUCAAGAACUUUCUUAUGACAUGGGUCAGAGGAUGCUCGUCGACGUUCUUGACCUUGGAGACUCGUUUUACAUUAAACUUUUGGUACCAUACUUAAUCAACUUCACAGAAAAUGAUUUGUUCAACAAGUGUUAUCUUGUAUUUUCAACGCCUGCAUUGAUCUUGUUACGCUUGACUACGCCAGUUCGUGAUUAUACAAUCAUAGAACGUUUUCAAAGAAGGCAGAAGCAAUUAAAUGGCUCUCCAUUUAAUGCUGGCACCAUAGCCGACGAAACCUCUCGUGAGGAUGACGCAGAUGUAUUUGAUUUCAAGUUUGACAGGAUAUUGGUAUCAGUUCAAACCGCUGGCGCUCUUAAUUUUAUAGGGUAUAACCUAUUUAUCGACACUAGUCAUUACUGGAUUCUAUCAUUUCCCAUUGGGAUAAUUAUAUCAUUGAUUGUGUCUUAUGGGGUCUUUAUCGGCUACAACUUUGACCCAUUUAGCAACGAGAAAAUUUUGAGAAUAAAAAGCAUUAACUAUUUCCUUGCAUUAUUAGGUUUUAUCAGUUCAAUUUCAUGGAUAUCAGUGCUUGCCACAGAAAUCAUUAGCGUGUUGAAGUCUAUCUCUAUAAUUUUCAACCUAAGUGACGAAAUAUUGGGAAUUACAGUUUUUGCAUUAGGGAAUUCAGUGGGAGACUUGAUGUCAAACUUGACAAUUGCAAGAAUGGGAAUGCCAUUAAUGGCUCUUGGUGCUUGCUUUGGAGGACCUCUCUUAGCCCUCUGUUCAAUUGGAUUCAAUGGCUUGUUAUUGUUAACAAGGCAGGAGAAAUUCUAUAUCGAUGUCGAGUUGUCAAAGACACUAUCGAUUACAGGUUCAGCCCUAAUUUUCAAUCUAUUAAUUCUAGUAAUAAUUGUCCCAAGGAAUGGUUGGGUCUUAGAUAGAAAUAUUGGCAUUAUACUAGUUUGCAAUUGGUUUUUUGCAACUACAAUUUGCAUUAUUCUCGAAUUAUACUUUUAA